AUGGUUCGUCGGAAUCUCUUAAGUGGCGGCAGUAACAGCAGUGACCACGAUUCCUAUCCCAAACCUGCUCGAGGUAGAACAGGCAACAACCGAAGGGCUCCGAACAGUAAAAGAGCGCUAGAAGCACCCACCCCGUACCGGAAACGACAACCGACACGUCCUCACCGCAACCGGUUCGACUAUGAGGUCAGGAAUCUGGACGACUCGUACGCAACGACAGCGCCCGCCGUGAGUACAAGAAGAGACAACAACAUUUUCGACAUCCCCAUUAUCAGCACUAGGAGAGAAGCACUUGACAGCACCUGUGCAGUGGUAGACUACGACGGAGGCCUCGUCAGUGGCAAGGCAUUGCGAAAUGGUGGCGACGGAAUCUCUAUCAACGCAAACAGUUCAGUACCCUCAGAUGACGGGGCUAUCCAGAAAGGAAGCGUGGAGUUGGUGACGUGUCGACACAUUGGACUGCUCGUGUCUACUUUGUUUGCAGGGGUUUUAAACACUUGUCUGAAGAGAGGACUGCUUCCUCUUCUUCAAGCGGAAUUGGAGUUGGAGACGUACCAGGUGGACGCAGCAAAUGUACUCAUGCUUCUGCCCUGGUCGUACACUUUCGUGUGGGGUUUUCUCUCAGACGCUGUACCUUUAUUGGGAUCUCGACGCAAGUCGUACAUUAUAGCUGGAUGGGUAGUGUCUUUACUGACAUGCUUCGCCAUGGCGAUUCUCAAUUACACACUGGAAUACAACGCGCUAUCAAGUCGAGUAGCAACGGAAGAAGCUUUGCAGAACCGCGUGGCACUCAUCGACGGAUAUAUCGGACUACUGAUGCUGGCCAGCUUUGGAGGCGUGCUCACGUUGAUAAUAUCCGAGACCUAUGUCGUCGCUCAAACUCGUCGAGAGCCACUAGAAGUGCGUGGCGCAGCACUGGGAACGAUACUACUGACACAAUUUAUGGGCGAACUAUUGGGACAGAUUAUCUCGGACACGGCCAUUUUCAACAUCACCGAGCUCGGACUCACUCCGAUCGUGUCGUUCCGCCAAACUGCGCUGUUUUUUAUGUUUUAUUCCCUGGUGCCUCUGCUUACUCUGGUUUUCUUCUUCCACGAAGACCCCGAUCCGCCAGAAAUCGACGAUGGAGAAAACAAUUAUGGAGCUGAUGAAUCCCACAUUUUUAUUCAAGAAGAAAUGGCGUCUAUGGGUUGUUUUCAAGGCCUCCGAGUCAACUGGCUGAGACUACGAAGAGCUUUAGCCAAGGAGUCAACAGUCCGCAUCAUCCGAUUCUUCAUGAUCUUCGUGUUCCUGUCCGAAUUUACACUUACGUAUCCACACGCUCAACUUGAAAUUUGGUGUAAUUUUACGGAUAAGGCUCAAUCUUCGAGUCACAUUACGACGGAGGCACUCUACGUUAUCGCCGCAGCAGCGUGGAAAUACUGUGCGCUUAACUGCAAUUGGCGCUAUUGCGUUACAGCAAGUUUGAUCAUCAUUAUGAUGCUGCCUCAACUCAUAUUUUACUUCCUGGCCACAUGGUCGACCAGUAUGCGGAGUCAAGAAACGUUCACCUUUAUGACGGCAUUGCGAGGAUUUAUGCGUGGUGGAUUGGUUAUACUGGAAGUGGCUUUAUCCGCUGAGAUCGCCCCUGUCGGUGGAGAAGGAGCGUUCGUCGGUAUCAUCGUGUCUAUGAGCAGCAUCAUGAGACUUUUGUCUACAACUUUUUCCAACGUUUUGGGCUUCGCGUUCCAAGAUCCCAGUCUAUACGGCACAGAUCAGCAAAGCGACCAAGUGAUUUUCGGUCUUGGUAUCUGCUAUUCCAUCAGACUUAUCAGUAUCGUGGCGCUGCUCUUUUUACCAAGACAGAAGCAAGAACUCCAGCGACUUCACCGCUUUGGCGCUCAGGGUGAUAAAAGUACGACGUGGUGGGUCUUGGGCUCACUAGGAUGCGCCUUCUUCAUCAGCGCUAUCUUCAACUUGCUCGCAAUCAUCCCCAGCACUGCAUGUCUGCGCAUUGUCGGUGGUGCAGGCUGCAACUUAGGUUAGAAAAGCAAAACUCUAAAAUAACAGAACCGGGUUUCUUAAAAUUGCACCGUAACUCUAUCGAAGCUCUAACGUGUUCCCAA